CUUUUAGCUCAGGUGUAGCCUAUUUGUAAUUUCUUCACACUUCUGCCUGAGUAUUUGCAGAAAUGCACUUUGGCAUAUGAUAUGAGGCAAUUCUGUGUCACAAUUUUCUGAUUAAACCCGUUUUCAAUUUGUAAAUUGUCGCACAGGAUUUUAUCAGUUCCUUUGCACGAACUAAAUCUGUGAUCAUUCUUUUUUUCAAAACCUCCCAGUGCUCUAUUGGUCAGAAACACAUGCUGUAGUCAAUGACUGGCAGGACAAGCGAGUGAUGCUUUGCAUAUGAUGGCUUUCACUCUUCGAAGUUAUCAGACUGGUUUGGAACACCAUGAAAGAAUAAAUGGAUCUGCAUGUCUUUUCAUUAAAAAAAAUGGACAUCAGCUUCUCACUUCUGAUGGCUCUUUGUAAGAUUUUUAUCUUCAGGCUUCUUCUAUUAACAGGUUUGCGUCUGGCAGGUGGCACAGUCUCUGACAGCUUUAAAGAAUGCAGUCAGUUCUUCUACAUGCACACAGCACCCACAGGUGUCCGAGGGGGCAAUCUGAAGAGGAUCUGCCAACGAUACGGAGAUAAACUACGUUACGCCACACUGUAUGACAGCAGUCGCCGUUUGGCGCUUUAUUCGGCUUACACCUUCAAGAAGUCAGAUGGACAGCGGAGGAUGGACACACCCUGGAUGUAUGAACCACAGCUGGUUUCUGCAGAUGAAAGCGGAAACAUGAGAGAGUUGCCCUCUAGUGGUGAAACCGACCAACUGCUCGAGGAGAGCCAGGCUGUGUUAGCAGACUAUGUUGAUGCGGUGGAGUACGAGCGUGGCCCACUCAACCCUGACCAGCACCAGGCGGACAACCAAGACAAAGCAGCUACCUAUACUCUCACAAAUGUAGUCCCUCAGAUCACAGACUUACUGGAGGGUCCAUGGUCCGUUUAUAUCGAUAUGGUACGCCGCCGCCUGAAUAACUUCUGCCGUGGUGCUGCCUAUGUGGUGACUGGGGUGACUGUAUCAGGGGUGACCAUCCGAAGAGGAAGAGAGGACCGCAUGGCCAUCCCAAAGCACUUGUGGUCCGCUUAUUGCUGUCCACGGUUUGAUCGAAACUCACCCUAUGAUGUACGAUACAUGUUUCCCACUUAUGCAGCAUAUGCUUUGAAUGAGAUAGUGGGACACAGUGUUACUGAAGUGCCUUUGAAAGCUUUAGAGACCUUUCUGAAAAGUCAGACUGACAUGGACAACAGCAUGCGCAUCUUUUUUAAAGACUGUCUCACAGAAAAUACACAUGCCAAUAGGGAGUGAAUGAAGCGACUCAACACUCAGACAUAUGGAAUAAUUCUCAGAAAAAAAUCGGUUCAUUUUAAAUGUAUUGAAUCUAUAGAAAAGUACUCCAUUUUAAAUUUUUUUAUAUAAUACUGGGAAUAUGGAGCUUAUACUCGAAGAGUAAAAACACAUCAAUUAUAUUCCCAAAUUUUCAUAAGGUUUUGAUC